GACAAGUAUAGCUGAAUAUUGCAUUCAAGAAAUGGAAACUCAAGUGAAGUACAUGUGGGUUGUGGUGUUUGCUGUGAGUAUGAGCAUUGCAGGGCUCAAUGGAGUGGAAGCAACUCAUGAUUACUAUGGUCCCUGUGGGAAACAUGACAUCGAGAAGGAAGCUCAGAAGCUGGCUCCAUGUACAUACGCUGCAAAAUACUGGAGAGCUCCGGUUUCUGAGCGUUGCUGUGCUAUAAUAGAGAAAAAGCUCAGCAAUCCAGGCUGCCUCUGCGCUAUUCUGAAAACUCGUACCGCAUACGAUGCUGGGGUGAGACCAGAAGUUGCCGUCACCAUUCCAAAACGCUGCAACAUUGCUGUUCGUCCGGUUUCCCAUUUGUUUAAUCCUCAACACAUCCAACAAUCUAAGUAUGGUGGAUUCACUGUGACAUCCAUCUAG